AGGGUGAAAAGAAAAAACCAAGUGUCUACACGUCCGGCGCGCUGGACACAUAGUGCUGGAGAUAUACGUCCGGCGGGCAUGUCAAGUGACCGCCGGACGACUGGUAGGCGUUACUAUUGCGGCAGGUCAUGUGGCAAGUGGUCGCCAACAAAAAAGUAACAUUGCAUUUGAUAUUCCGAUCCCUAAAUAAUAAAUAAAUGCUGAACAUGUUAAUAUAUUCAUAUGCACUGAGAUGCAUAAAGUGUUUGACUUUGAAUAUUAAACUAGUUGGCCUAUAUACUAACUAUCACCCUCGCUAUUAUUUUUUUAGCAUUCGUAUAUUUUUUAAUUUUUUUUUAUUACUGUAAUUGUAAUUCUCUCUCCCUCUCAGCAUUGCUUCCUUCUACUUCUAGAAUGCAUUAUUGCUUAACCCCCACUUUGUUUUGGUAAUAUUUGUUUGCAAGAUACUCAGUCAGUACAUUACUUGGUAGAGAAAUAGAUAUUAAAAUUGACAAUAGUUUUUAAUAACUCUCGGUCACCGGACAAAUAUCUCGAUAAAGUAUUCUUCCGGGGGUCAUGUGUCUUGGUCGCCGGACAAUGGCUCCGGACGUGUGGACACUGCCAAAAAAAAAAUAAUACUAAACAAAUGGGGCUAUGUAACUUUGGUUGGGGGAAGUUUAAAGACUCUUAAAAAUCAAAUAAAAAGAAAUGUGAAAAAGACCAUUUAAAAUUCAGUAAUUAUAGUUAACUAUAACUGCCUGUAUUUAAUUAAUACAGAAUACACGUAAGUUUACAUUGAUAAAAUACGAAUGCCUUAAGAAAUAACAUACGCACCUGAACUCCACUUUUACCCAGUAUGGUUUGUUUGAAAUUCAAUAAGUUAGACUAAUAUCAAAUUACAGAUAAGCUGAUAAGACAGUAGCCAAUUUGCCGCCAAAAAAAAAAAAACAGCUUUGACCUUGAUGGAUCAUAAAGUAAAGUCAUAAAUUGAUGUCAAGUUAAUGAUUAUAGAACUAUAUUUAAACUGGAAUUUAAAAAUACCAUAAAAUUAUAAACAUAAACGUAUUCUUACUUUGUUUGAAGAGUACGUCACACUAUUAUUAGUAUUAUUCGUGUAUCUUCAGCGCCACAAGAAAAUCUUGAAAAUAUUUCUCGAUUGAUAGUAAUCGCUAAGAUGGCUAACCAACAGGAAGUAUACGUCAUAACCGUCACGUGACUAACCGGAUAUAUAUAAAGCCCUCACGUGACCAGCCGGGUCCGAAUAGCGAAUUGCUGCCAUAGGUACCCGUGUACUUAUAGUCACUCCGAUAGUAUAAUUUGAAGAGAUGGUCUUGAAGGCAGUUAUGAAGGCUGGGAUGGUCGGUAUAUUGCGGAUGUGUAAUGGGAGAGAAUUCCAUUGAUUUGGGACACAGAAAGAGAAAGAUAGUUCAUCAUAUGUUUUAGUUGAAUAAUUUUCAUUACAUGGUGUUAACCCAUAACUGUCACCAUCCCCAUUAGUCGAUUGUAACAUGAGGUAGAAUAAGGUAGACUACACGUUAAAUCCACCAAUGACGAGGCUAUGCCAGGAAAGAAUAGAAAUCUGUAAAAGUAAACAAACAUUUCCGUAACUUUUUAGAUCUCAUCGACAUUUGCAUAAUUUUUUAUCAUCACUUGGAUUAAUUUAGACAUUUCUGGAAAAUUAUAAAAUAAUUUUUAAAACCUAAAAAAACACACAAAAAAACAAAAAAACCGCUGGGUAAAAAUGCUUCUACUAUGUGUGGCAAUGUGCCACUGUUUGCAACUGCUUUUAGGUAACAUUUCAUAUGCGGCAGUAUGGAACAGAUAGGAAUAAGAGAAUCCACUCUCAUAGUCAUAGUGUGACUGCUAGGGGUAACCCCAAGCACGGACACAUCCAUGGUCCACUCUCAUAGUCAUAGUGUGACUGCUAGGGGUAACCCCAAGCACGGACACAUCCAUGGUCCACAUCCACUCUCAUAGUCAUAGUGUGACUGCUAGGGGUAACCCCAAGCACGGACACAUCCAUGGUCCACUCUCAUAGUCAUAGUGUGACUGCUAGGGGUAACCCCAAGCACGGACACAUCCAUGGUCCACUCUCAUACUCAUAGUGUGACUGCUAGGGGUAACCCCAAGCACGGACACAUCCAUGGUCCACUCUCAUACUCAUAGUGUGACUGCUAGGGGUAAUCCCAAGCACGGACACAUCCAUGGUCCACUCUCAUACUCAUAGUGUGACUGCUAGGGGUAAUCCCAAACACGGACACAUCCAUGGUCCACUCUCAUACUCAUAGUGUGACUGCUAGGGCUGCUAGGGGUAAUCCCAAGCACGGACACAUCCAUGGUCAUUUAAAGUAGCACUCAGCCGUGUACUGGCCUUAAAUUUUAUGUAAGUUAUUUACACGCGGGAAUAACCAUCCCUGCUCCGGGGUUUACCCAUGGUCAGCUCGGACGCGGGUUCCCUGUGACUGUGUGUGUGUGUGUGUGUGGGAGGGGGGGGCGAACUGGGACUUGAGGUGUGUACAUUUUUUGAGAUUGUGGUGUGGAACGGAUGCGUCGGGUCGGCGGCAGGUGGGAGAGAUUUUCCGGUCGGCUCUGUCAACGGAUUGUACCUUACAUUAAUUAAAAAGCUAUAGUUCUCAGACCUGAUUGUUUUAUUUUGAUUUUAUUUAAACUGUAAGCUACGUCAUCACUCGGCUACAUAUGUAAUCAUUAUUUCAAUGCUAAAACAUCUAAAGCAAAUUGCCUUAUCUCUAGACCAGGGUCGGCAACCUAUGGCUCGCGAGCCAGAUGUGGCUCUUUUGAUUUGCUGUAUCUGGCUGGCAGGCAAAUUAUUCGAUUAUAAAAAAAAAAGUCGCAUUAAUGGUAAGAAAUACUCAUUAUUGAUUAGCAACAGCAUAACAAUGUUAUUAAAAAGAAUUCAGAGACAUUAACAGCCGAUCUUGAAAGGAAAAUAAAGGCGAUGGAGAUGAGAUGCUUCAGAAGCAUUUUUGGCAUCUGCUAUAGGGACCAUAUCUCCAAUGAUACAGUGAAAGAAAGGGUUCGUCAGGCAAUUGGGGAGUACGAUGACCUACUGGUGACUGUGAAAAAACGCAAAUUACAACGUAACAAGGAAACAAGGGCUUGCCAAAGAAAUAUUGCAGGGCACCACAAGAGGAGGGAGAAGAAGAGGAAGACAAAGAAACAGGUGGGAGGAUAACAUCAAAGAGUGGACAGGACUAACAUUGGGCGAUGCUGUGCGCAGUGCAGAAGACAGAGACGAAUGGAGGAGGAUAGUUCACAUUUCAUAUGUGGCGCCCCAACGGUCCAAGGACUAAGGGACAUGAGGAUGAGGAGGAAAUUGUUAUUAAUUUUUUAAAGAAUCUCAUUUAGUGCAUUAAUCAGUAAUUUUAUUUCAUGAAAUCAGUGUCAUCUUAUUUCCUUCCCCUUACAAAAGGUGUUUUUUGGAGGUAGGGGUUGGAGGGGGGAUCUGAACAUUUGAAAGAAUCUGUUGUCAUCGGCAUUAGUGUAUGUGCCAAGUUUCAGCUCGAUAGGUGUGUAAAUGAGCCGUUCGAAGAUUGGGUCAGUCCGCCAGCCAGCCACGAACAAAAGCGAAGUCAGCGUAAAAGAAUGCUAAAAAUAAAUCUUUGAUGUGAUCAUUCUUUCAAUGCUAAAACAUCUUAAUCAAAAUACCGUAACACUAGAUGUAUUUCAUUGAAAUUAAACCAAGGGCGCCGGUGCCGUUUUAAUCAUAAUUAAUGUAGGGGCCCUUAUAAAAAUUCAACAGAUAAAUAGUCGAGUUAAAAUUUAGAAGCAGUCCCAGUAAUGUCGGUCGAAAAAUGAAAGAGCUAUAGCUAUUUAAAAUAGGCCUAUACAUGGUGGCCCUGGAGUGGGUACUAAUGUUGAAUGCCAUGCUAUUUUAAUAUGGAAUAUAAAGGAAAUGCCCAUCAAGUUUGGCCUACAUCAAGCAAUUCACGUAGAGCCCUUUAUUAUAAUCAAAAGCCCGAAAGAGAGCCACAUUAGAUCACCGACUACAGCAACUAUCCCCUGCCCGCGGCGCCAGAGACUCUUCCCGAGCACGGAUCGGACUAGCAAGCCACCUACGAGCUCACCGUGACCGCAACCUUCCUCUAACCGAAUGACUCGAUGGUCCUAGUCGAUUUUGACGGACGAACAACAAAAGCCUACUGUCUUAAGUGUUGCAUAUGAUGAGUUAAAACCCGUCAGUGCAUGUUUAACAAGUUUGUUCUAGAUCAACCCAUUUAUAGUAAUGUUUUUUUUUUUUUUACAAAUACAAGAAACAAAAUAUUUUUAAAAAAGCACUGACACACAUACAAUGAAAUUUGGACCACCAACGACAUUUUAAAACAAAAUUAAAAUCAAUCAGUAUUACCUUGUAAUAAUAACUAUGUAUAAAAGGUUCGAUCAAGACCCAUUAUCUAUUUAUAAGUUUUUCAUAAAGUAUUUCGGCCUGCACAAGUUUUUCAUAAAGUAUUACGGCCCACCCUUACAUUUUGAGCUGUGAAGACCUGAUUGAAGACACCGAACUAAUAAAAAAAAACAAUCACAAUUUAGUCCGAUAUGUUGACAAAUAAGGUGUGUAUGGCGUUUUUUCGGCGUCUUACGCCGCGUUUUACUGUAACACCCCACUGUCAGUAAUAAAAUAUAGACAUACGCUUAUUGUGUGUGGCAUUUAAGAAGCUAACAAUUAAUGCAGAGCAUCACAUAAUUUUAUAUGAAAGAGGGAAAGCAACCAGGGACUGAAAUUGUUCCGUAUGAAUAUAACAAGUUGCGCCUUUGAGACCUUGCUAUAUGUACCUAGGGGCCGUCCAUAAAGUACGUCACGCUAUUUUUGACCAUUUUUACCCCCCCCCUGUCAAAAAUCUCGGAACCCCCCCCCCCCUCUUCCCCAAAGUACGACACACUUUCGAACAAUUAAAAAAAAAAAAUUAACNAAAAACCCCCGAACCCCCCCCCCCCCCUUCCAAGUACGUCACACUUUCGAACAAAUUUUUAAAAAAAUUAACACCUAGGCCUAAUUAAAAUUUAAUCUAAAAACACUUCACUAUUAAACUGUAUUAAAAUAUAAAAUUUCCACUUAAUUUCAACCAUCAAAUUAUUAAAAUGACUUUAAUAGUAGAAUAGUUAAUUGUCAACAGUUGUCACAGUUAUUCAUUGAAGCAGUAACUCAAUCUAGAUUGAAUUUGAAAACAAAAUUUGCAAAAAUUAGACUAGACAAUUACCGGUUUAUAAUACACAUCAUUUAUCUGCUGCUUUUUCAUUUACAAUAGGUGAGGUCAAGUUUUAGAUAAUCUUCCGAUUGUGCAAUUUUUGUACACAGUUUAAGAAUUAUAGUAGAGAAACUUGACCUCACCAAAUGAUUAAAUAAUAAAAAGGACAGUGACAUAAUUAUGCAGUGAACAACAUAGAAAUAAUAAUACGUCAGGAAAGACGAAAACAAGGCUAUACAUAAAUCAAGGCUUCGCAACAGCAUACUAGCGCUCCUAGUGAGAGGAAUCGCGAACAACAAAUUCAGGAGAUACACAUUUAAUACUAUUUUGACAUAAAACUAAUUCAAAUGAUGCACACAAUUUUUGAAAAUUAUUUUUUAAUCUAUUGAAUUCCACUACAAAAAUUAAAAGAAAUUAGAAAUAUUAAGAAAAAAAAAAUGUGAGUCACACAUGUCCUGACCCCCCCCCCCCCACGGAGCUUGACGUACUUUAUGGACGGCCCCGAGAUGCGCCAUAGCAUCCUUUGGCCAUGAACUAUGUGAUUAAUCUAAUAUUAAUAUAAUGUUCAACCCACCCCCCCCCUUUUUUUUUUCCAAAAACACGUAAUAAAAUGAAUUUGCUUAGUAUGUUACUAAAGUGUAACACCGUACCGUAUACUUAAACAAUACGAUUGCAUUUAAAAAAUAAUAUUUUGUUUUAAAAGUUAUGUUUAAAAUAGUUUUUUGCAAGCGCUAAUUCAUGUGAACAUAGAAUCAAGCUUUAUUUAAAAUGCGUGCAUCAAACAAAACGUAACUUGACUAAAUCUCGCCCAGGGCGAACUCCCAAAAUUGUGUACUUCAGCCUACAGACACAUUUUUUUUUCUUUAAAUGUAUCUUUAAAAGUUAACCGAAAACUUUCUAUUGAUUAACACGUAUUAUGCGUUAGGCCUAUUUGAAACCGUACCAUUCUGAAUAAAGGCUUAUUAAAAAUGAAUGAACCAAAAAAUAAAUUAUCCUAAACACCCAGAUUUUUAAAAGGCGGCAUUUUCAAGUCAUUUGAGAAUAAUAAUUUGAACACUUUACUCUAUAUUCUUUGACUAUUUUUUUAUUUACACCUUUUGAAAUAAAGGGAGUUUGACCUCACUUUACAGGAACCACGUGUAACGUGUAGACCAGAAAGCUUGAGCACGUAAAAUUUAGAUGCGAUCCAUUUUUUAAAAUCUCUUGUUAUAAAGUAGCAAAUUAAAAUUCAUACAAGUAAUUGAAAUAAACAUAGUCAAACUGAACUUUAUAUAAUGUAAUAGGCAAAACUGAUCUAAAAUAUUAUUGAAUUAAAAGAACAACUUUCUCUCAAACUCUCCUUACACCUCCUAUUAGACAAGUAGAUUACAUCUGAGAUAUUAAUUUUUUUAUCAGAGCUUAGAUUAAAAAAGGAUAAUAACUCAUGUGGUAUUGCUUUAAUGUAAUAAUUGUACUUAAAAAUUGGACCAAUGAUAAUAUAAUUUAAUUGUGCUACAUAUUUUGUUUCGUUAAUGGACGCAGCAAUUCAGCUUUUCAAAAACUUUCAGCUCUUGCGACUUCCUGUACUUGCGCAGUAGUAAUCUUCCUUUACUGAAAAUGUCUAAGAGAGGUAUGUUUGUUUUGGUAUAUGUGGUUAAGUAAAUCUAUAGAAAUCCAAUACUUUGUUAAAUAUUUUAAAAGUUUUAUCAAGAAAUCAUGUUAAUUAAUCAUAACGUUAAGCAACAAUACCAAUAUUAUGCCUUCAUCGAUAUUAUUUAGCGAUAUUCCGAUGUUUUUUUAAGCCACUCAUUGUACUAAAACAUUAAUAUCUUCAUAUUUUCUCUUUAGGAAGGGGUGGAACGGCUGGUGGAAAAUUCCGCAUCGCACUGGGUCUCCCAGUGGGUGCUGUUAUCAAUUGUGCAGACAACACUGGAGCUAAAAAUCUUUAUGUAAUUGCCGUCAGUGGAAUCAAGGGUCGCCUCAACAGACUUCCUGCUGCAGGUUCUGGGGACAUGUUUGUUGCCACAGUCAAAAAAGGAAAGCCAGAGUUAAGGAAGAAAGGUAAAUUGAUUUUUCACCUUUUUAAAGUUGUGUGUGCUGUGGAAGAUAGGGGGAACUGAUGAUUUGAAACAAUUCAAUUUUAGGUGUAGUUAUUGACAUGGGUUUUGACAAGAAUUGGGGAAUCCCAAAGCCAACACUUCAAUGCUGGUGAUGUCUUCCACAAUGUCACAAAUACAAACGAAUUUGGCAAAAUGAUGCAGAAAAUUGAAUAGUGUGUCACAAGUUUUCGGCUGAAAUAUAUAGUUUCAAUAAGGGGCUUUUAACAAGGCUCUUUAACAUGUCAAAUGCUUUUCAAAUCUCUGUUCCAACUGAAAUGAAUAAGACCCAGAUCAUGUGUCUUACUUGUGCCAUUUAGCCAAUCAGGAGCAUAGGUCGCCUACAAAGAGUUUUCCCAUUAAUCACAGUCCUGUGCUUUCCUUUCCCUUUUUGUUUUUUUUUGCUUGUUAAGGAUUGUCGGUGCAGUUUUUGGGGUGUGCCCAUUCCACUGCCAUCAUUUCCUGGUGAUGUCAUUUGCAAUAUGCUCUUGCCAGUAAACCUAUGUUUUUUACCAUUAUAUGUUCAGGAUUUUUUUCCAAGGCAAAUGUUUGUGUGUGUUGGUACUUUCUGCAUGAUGCUCAUUGUUCUCAAAAGUUUUGUCUCCAUAGAUCAUGUCUAGUUUUAAAAGAAAAAAAGAUGAGGCUAGAAAUUGAGUAUGAGGGAUCAUUCUUUGCAACCAUGGUGUCAAUCAAAGCAAACUUUAUGUUCUUGACGUAGAAUGAACUUUCUUCUCAUCAAAGAACUUCCAACCCUUACUUUAAGUUUAAUGACAAGGUUUUUUUUUUUAAAGUCUUGAUAUCAGGAGUUGUAGUGACACCCCUGGAGAAUGUUUGUUCACAUCUGUAGAGUGAUCCUCACACUUUUAAGUAGACUGACCCAAUAGCCCAGUGAUGAGAAAUGCGAAAAAGCUGGCUCAGAAUGGAAAAUCUCUGAUCCCCUGCAGAUUGCCUCUUGUGAUAUAGUUAUUAGUAUGCUUUAUUUAACAAUGGUCGCAAAAUUACUGAUUUGUACAUGUGUAGGUGUGUGUGUUCAAAAUAAAAAAUCAUGGAACACAUUUUUUUUGGACAAAAGUUAGAUUUGACUGGUUGUUUUAAGUGUUAUCUGUAUUUUGUUUCAAAAUUAUUAUUUUUUCCUUAAGUAUGGUCCUUGCAAAUACCAUUUAUCACUUCAAUAUCAAUAUAUUAUGUAAUAUUUCAAAAAAUUAAUAUACAUUUUAUUUCAUUCCCCAGUAAUGCCUGCUGUUGUCAUUCGUCAAAGGAAGCCAUUCCGCAGAAAGGAUGGUGUUUUCAUAUACUUUGAAGAUAAUGCAGGUGUCAUAGUUAACCCUAAAGGAGAAAUGAAAGGUAUCCAUUUUGACUUGUUUCUUAAAAUAAAACACUUGGUUGCUUGUUUUGUAUCAAAACAGUAUUGAUUGCAAUUUAUUUUUGACAGUUAUGAGCAUUAAAUUUUAGUUGGUGUUGCUAAAAAUAAAUUUUAAUUUGUUUUCAGGAUCUGCCAUAACUGGCCCUGUUGCGAAAGAAUGUGCUGACCUCUGGCCUCGUAUUGCUUCAAAUGCAAGCUCCAUAGCAUAAAGUUGUUUUUAAAGUACAAAAUAUCUACAAUACAAGUUGUACACAAAAAAAUUUGAACCUUUAUUUUUCUGUUUGACUGAAUGUGAGCACAUGUCAAUGGUAUGUUGUGAGUUUUAAUAUUCUGCCAUAUUUUUGACAAGGAGUUUUUCUGAUUACAUAGUUAACCCAAUCCCUUUCACAACACAUGAACAGGAUGGCAUUUACUGUAAGGUUAGGUAAUAAGUUUCAUAUCAUAUUAAAGGUAGACUUUCAAAAAUCCUGGCAUUGGCCAAUUUAUACCCCAUACUUAUUGAAUACCAAGCACUGAUACUGAUAUCAUGGUCAACAUUUAUGUAAUGGUAGCAUUUUAAAUCGCAUAAUCUCUUAAUAUCAAAUUUAUCAGAUACCACCAUCACAUCAAAAAUGAUUCUGUGAUCUUUUCUUUCCCAAGUCAGUUUGUCAUUUACAGCAUGUAGUGUAGUAGAUACUGUAAUUAAUUGAUGUAAUGUCUUUCCUAGUAUUAGCUUACCUUGUACAUGGGGAAAAUAAAAAUUACAUCUUGAUCUCCUUUUUAAAACAUCCAUACACCCUGUCAUCUCGAGGUUUUUUAUCCUUGAAUCCUUUCACCUGUGAUUUUUCAAUAGUCAUAUUGGUCCAUUAAAAAAGUGUAUCAGUCGGCCUAUUGGUGUGCCUUACUUAUUUCUCUUGAUGGAGAGAUUGUCCACUUUUUUUGUGGCUAGCAAUACGGUCUUAGUCUAACUUUAUAGGGUUCUAAAGUCUGGUGUCUUUCACUUCUAUUUGGUUACCCGUAGUAGAUUUUUUUUUCAAUUCAUCAUCAGGCAGAGUGUCUUCGGAAUAGACUAUGCUUACAAGGCAUUCUCUUGUAUUAUGAUCUGGAAAAGCAGAGAUCAAUGUCUCCGUCCAUGGGGUGACUUUGCCCCCAUGCUAUGAAAGAAAGUAACCUGUUAUUUUUAUUUUUCAUCCUAGAAGAAAUUAACUUUUUAAAAAAAAGACGGAAAUAAAUUACCCUAAUUUAUUGACGCACAAUACUAAUCCAGCAAAAUUACUUUGUCCAGAAUCUGAGAGCUCCAACGGUCAAGCUUAUGCU